AUUGAGCAGACUACAUCACUGUUAGUUGUUCAGAUUCCUCUUUACAUUUAUUUAUUUUCGGUGCUUAGAUGCGUCUAACCCUGCACUACGAUCAGAGGAUAUGCCGCCGAAUUUAAUAUAACGUGACGGUUUUGGACAUCCUUGAGAAUUCGGACGCAAAGGCGAGCAAGGGAAAUCUGGCUGGGAUGUACACCGGCAGCACCCCAAGUCGCCUCCCAGUUUCCCGUUUCGCAUUUCCUGCUUGCGGGAACGCACCACUGGGACUGACACAUCUGUGUUUUUAUAAGGAGCUCAAACCAUUCAUUGAAAAGCCGUUAACAAGCCAACAAGCCACCUAUAUUAUGCGAGUGGGGGAAACACUCGGUGCAAUAAGAAAAUAAACUAGCGGAGAAAAUCAACGCAACAGAAGGCAAGAGGAAUAAUACGGAUCCAUAAAAACGGAUAAUGUUAUCAGGCUGACUGUAUUUCUACUGGCUGGCCACCUAACUGAAAUGUCACUGAAUUGCGCGAGGUAGCUUGCUAGCUGUUCAGCUUUCUUAGAUAGCUUUGACGGUGAUGCUUCCAGUGGGGAAAUGAAUCUGUCCACGCUGGAACUGCGGCUGUCAGGCAGGUCCUUAGCUAGCCAGCUAGCUGCUUAGCUAGAUGGUUACCGUGCUGCAUCGGAUUUGCGCACGCAGGUCGCCCGGUGACCCGGUUAGCUAGCUAGCUACCUAAGUCAGCGGCUGCCAGUGUCUUCCAGCGGACACGGUUAAAGCAAAUGAGUGUGUGUUUUUUACGCGAAGAUGACGAAAGAAAAACCCGCAAUCGCAUAGUUAGCUCGCUGCUCACCUAAAUAUAAUGCUGUCAAGCAUGCUCGCCAACUAUUGUAUCGUAGUGUGCAAUGCUGUAUUUGUAUAUCUUGUUAGUCUAGCUUGCUAGCUUCGAAUUAAUAAGAUUGCAGACUAGCUAGCUGUCAUUGCUGGUUAGUCUCUCGGAGGUAUGAUUUAUCUUGGAUUCCUUCAGCUACAGUGAUGGAAAUACAAAUAGCUAGCUAGCUAACACAGUUGGCUAGCUAGCUAACUUGCAAUGUAGUUUAGAAUAAGCUGGGUACCUAAUGCAAGAGCAUUUUUAUGAACCGUUAACCGGGCAUUCGUUGCACACGAACGUGAAAGCAUUUAUCUAGCCAGAUUGCUAACAGCUAAGGCUGACAAGUUACCAAUCUUUAAGGCUGGCUAAAGUCGGGCAGCUUGUUUAUUCUUGUAUCUAGCUAGUCUACCUUUCCUAAUAGGGCCGCUUUCAGUGACAUGUGAGGCUCGCAUCAGUGGAACAAGCCAAUUCCCUGCAGUUAUUGUUUGAUCUUUUUUAUUGAUCAUUGUUUAAGUUGUUUUUUUUUAAUCGAUAUUUUCGAAAACAAUGAAGAAGUUUUUCGAUUCUCGCCGCGAGCUGGUCAGUUCUGGCCCGGGUUCGGGAGGCGGUGGGAGCAGCGGGUCCGGUUCUGCUGGAGGCAGCUUCAUUGGGAAAAUGUUCACUAUUGGACGGUACCAGGUGACCGUGGAUGAAACGCUGGCAGAAGGCGGUUUUGCCAUUGUGUUCCUGGUGCGGACUCACCAGGGCGUGCGCUGCGCUCUGAAGAGGAUGUACGUCAACAACGAGCACGACCUGCAGGUGUGCAAGCGCGAGAUCAGUAUCAUGAGGGACCUGGCGGGACACAGGAACAUCGUGGGCUUCCUGGACUCCAGUGUCACGCGGGUCGGAGGGGGGGACGUGUGGGAGGUGCUCAUCCUCAUGGACUUCUGUCGGGGGGGGCAGGUGGUGAACCUGAUGAACCAGCGUCUGCAGAGCGGUUUCACAGAGACCGAGGUUCUCAGCAUCUUCUGUGACACCUGUGAGGCCGUGGCACAGCUGCACCAGCGCAAAACUCCCAUCAUCCACCGGGACCUCAAGGUGGAGAACAUUCUGUUGCAUGAUAAGGGUCAUUAUGUGCUGUGUGACUUUGGCAGCGCCACCAACAAGUUCCAGAACCCUCAGACGGAGGGGGUGACCGCCGUGGAGGACGAGAUCAAGAAGUACACCACGCUGUCCUACCGCGCCCCGGAGAUGGUCAACCUCUACAGCGGCACGGUCAUCACCACCAAGGCAGACAUCUGGGCGCUCGGCUGCCUCCUGUACAAGCUGUGCUUCUUCACCCUGCCCUUUGGAGAGAGCCAGGUCGCCAUCUGUGACGGAAACUUCACCAUCCCAGACAACUCCCGCUACUCCCAGGACAUGCACUGCCUCAUCCGGUACAUGCUCGAGCCAGACCCCAGUAAGAGACCGGACAUCUACCAGGUGUCCCACUUCGCCUUCAGAUUGGCCGGUCGAGACUGCCCUGUGAAGAACACGCAGAAUUCCCCCAUUCCAGGCAAACUCCCUGAGCCAAUCAGAGCCAGCGAAGCUGCGGCAAAGAAGAGCCAGGGCCAGCAUAAAGCCAGACUGACUGAUCCCAUCCCCACCACCGAAACCUCCAUCACGCCCCGCCAGCGCCCCAAGGCCGCCCACGCCCAGCCCAGCGCCGGCAUCCUGCCCAUCCAGCCUGCCCUCACGCCCCGAAAACGAGCCAACGCCCCCGCCGGUGCUGCCACGCCCAUCGGGGUGAGCUUGGGCUCCGCCCAGCAGGCCGCCAGCGUCCAAUCACAGAAGGCGCAGGCCGCACAGUCUCCAGCGCCUCGGCCCAAAGCCACGCCCGCUGCACCUCAGGCCCUGCCCACCCAGGCCACGCCCUCUCCAGCCCAGGCCACGCCCCAGCCCCAGCAGGCCCCACUGAAGCAGCAGGCUGGAACAUUCUUCAGCCUCCAGCAGCAGCAGCAGCCAAUCCCGGUGCAGCAGUCAGCGCAGCAGCCAAUCCCGGUACAGCAGCCAGCGGGAGCAGGACCUGCUGGCACACGGCCGCCCACUGCUCCUGUCACCUCCCAGAAAGUGCCAGCCACGCCCCCUCAGCAGCGGCCCAGCACAACCCCUCCCACCGCCCCGCCCAAAGCCCCAGCGAGAAGCGCCCGGCGAAAGCAGGCAUCUGCGGCCCAGCCUGCGGCCCCUGCACCUGCCGCACCUGCGCCUACCCCACCUACUGCUCCUGUACCCGCUGCCCCUGUCUCAUCCACCACACCAGCUCCAGCCGUUUCGGCAGGCACACCUGUGGCAGCAGCUACACCUGUCUCCACCACUGCACCUGUUCCAACUGUCGCACCUGUCCCGGCUGGCACACCUGUCCCUGCUGGUGUACCUGUCCCGGCUGCUGUACCUGUGGCAGCAGCCACACCUGUCAGCAUACCUGCAGCCACUCCUACACCAAGUGCACCUGUUCCAGCUGUUGCACCUGUGUCAAACCUCACACCUGUUCCAGCUGUUGUACCCGUCUCGACCAACACAACUGUUCCAGCUGUGGCACCUGUCUUGGCUGGCAUACCUGCAGCCACCACUAUACCUGGUGCACCUGCUGCUGCACCUGUUCCAGCUGUGGCACCUGUCUCGGCCAGCGCACCUGCCCCGGCUGCUGUACCUGUGUCGGCCAGCACACCUGUGUCGGCCAGCGCACCUGCCCCGGCUGCUGUACCUGUGUUGACCAGCACACCUGUCCCAGCUGCUGUACCUGUUUCAGCCUCCCCUGCUGUGGCUGAGCUCUUGUUCAUCUCUGAAGAGGGGGGGACUCAGCAGGCAGAUUCUGCGUCGCCUCCCUCCCCCCCAACGCCCACUCUGCAGGGGGGUCACCGUCGCAUCGUGAGUGAUGUCACCCAUGGGGGCGGGGUCGGGGUGCCCCCCAGCCAGUCCACACAGAUGUUGCAGGCGGCUGCGGCCGAAGCCAACCUCAACAAGUGCAAGUCAGAGAGCGCCACCCCCUCCGACUCCCCCCACUCUUUGCAGCAGGGUGUUUGCCUGCAGGCAGAGCCGGCCACCUCCGUCACCCCCGCCCCCCUGGCCCCCCCGGCACCCCCAGCCGAAACGCACAGCGCCCCCGAGCAGCCCUCCUGGAACCCCUUCGGCGACGACAACUUCUCUAAGCUCACCGCCGAGGAGCUGCUCAACAAGGACUUUGCCAAAUUGGCUGACACCAAGCCAGAGGAGUCGGACAGCAGCUCUGAGGAGAAUCUCAUUCCAGGCCUGCCUGCGGUCCCAGCCACCCCGGCUCCAGCAGCUGAGGGAACUGCUGACAUUUUGAGUUUGGACUCCAGUGCGACUCUCCUGACUGUCCCGGCUGCUAUCCGCCCCCUGGCUCUCUCAGACACCCCAGAGAAACUGAUUGAGGGGCUAAAGUCUCCAGAGACGUCUCUCCUGCUGCCUGACCUUUUAUCCCUAGCCGACCCCUUCGGAAGCUCCACAGAGGGCACCGAGAACGAUGUGAGAGUGGGCUCCCUGAUCCCUGGUCUUGAAGCCCCUCAGCCUCAACAGCAUGUAGCUCCACCCGAGCAGGUCUCCAGCAGGUUGCCAGACCCUCUGGGGGGCAUGGACUCUCUGCUGGGCGGCUCCCUGCUCUCUGACCCCCCUGUGGGGCUGUCCUCCGUCUCCUCGCCCCCCUCCGCCACUCCCGCCUCUGCCUCCUGUCUGGACGAGUUUUCCCCCGUCUCUCUCGGCACCACCCAGCCCCUCCCAGACUCCUCUUUGCUCAUCUCGGGUUUCGACCAACCAGAGAGCACAGAGAAAGGGACUGAGGAUGAGUUUGACCCAAUUCCAGUGCUCGUCUCCAAAGGCUCUGCCCAAGGAGGCCACUCUCGCACAAACAGUACCAGUUCGGACCCCAGCCUCCCAAACCUGGCCUGCCCCCUGCUCUUGGUGGACCAGCUCAUCGACCUGUAGGGGGCUGGGGGUGCAUACGGGAUCUACCCCCACCCUCACUGACAGCUGACCAAGUUCAGCCUCUACACUAUUGGUCAAUCCCUCCCCAUCACCCGUUAUAUCAUCAUUCACAUUCCAUUGGCUCAUAUGAACUCCAUCAUACCACCUGGCUUGUCUUCACUGGACCAUGGCCUCUUUUUCUCUCUCUGUCUCUCUCAUACUCUCUCUCUAUCUCUCUCUCUCCUCAUGACCUGCCACCCUUUAAUAUUCUCCACCCACCCCUGUAGCCACCCCCAGAUAUUUUAAACUUCACCACAGUAGUUUGUGUGUGAAGUGUUGCAUCAUACCCUUCUUGAAUCAUUUACAUGCUGUCUUAGCAAUAUGGCGCCUUGAGCCCAAAAAGCAGUCCCGCUUAUAGACACUGGUACUCUGCAAGCUUUUAUGACCAAAGUGGGGGGCCAGGGAUAAUGUUCUAGGAGUCCCAUCAGACAUUCUGGUAACAAGAACAUAUGGCUUUUUUUUUUUUUUUUUUUCGAACAAUAUUAUUAAGGACGUUUGUUCUCACUGAUGAUGACUCCGAUGAGUCAGCACACUAGUCUCUGAUUGGUCAUACGUACGAGAAUGUGUUUUUUUCUUUCCUAAGGCAGAAAGCAUAUUCAUUGACCAGGUAAGCCAUCUCAGCAAAUGGUAGACCUAAACUGUGAAUAAAAAUGGAGGGAAUUUUGUUGCUGUCUCGUACUUUAAGUGGGUAGCUAUCCUGCUGGCUGAACUGAUAAAUAGCUAUAUAGCUGACUGGCCAUCUACAUAGCUGUUUAGCUGGGUAACUGGGUAGCUAGCUGCAUAUCUUGCUAGCUAAAUACAUAGCUCGCCAUCUACCUAGUUAAUUGGUGUGCUACUUGCCAGCCAGCCAACUAUAGUAUUUUAAGAGAUAGCCACGUGUCCAGGUUGUACAUUUGACCAGCCAGAGAGGCGUAUGCUGGAUCAUCAGACUGCUUGUAACAUGUUACAAUAUUGUAAAUAUUAUCAUGCUCUCUUAAAAACUCAAACCUAAGGAGUAUGUUCUAGUUAUCCUUGACUUGGUCACUUGACUGUUACUUUGCUUGUAAAGCUUGCAGUUUUCCAAUUAUGGCCCACAGAAAAGCGGCUACCAUCAGGGUGUGCCAGCGUCCAGUGAAAUGUGGUCAGUUUCUCCUUUCAAGAGGCCCCUGGACAUAAGCAGACCCGGCAGAUACAGGCUGUACCCAGUGCAGUUUGACACUCUGUCACCAGAUACAAGACUUUGAGACCGUCGCUGGGCGGUGGCAUUAUGCCUGAACUGCUUCUGCUACAAAGCAAUGCAUUCCUGUUUGGUCAGGAGCUGAGCAAAAAGUGCUCAGUAUUACUUCAACAGGACAGAGCUUGUGAGAAAAAAAGUGGGUGAAAAUUAUAACAGCAUAGCAGUUUACACCCCAAAAAAACACCCACUCAUCACAGGUACAUCAUUGUAUGAAAAACCCAGAUAUAUAGCAGUGCCCUCAGAGACCCCAGACGUAGCUGGUUUCAAUCACCCAUCUCUGUGUUACCAUGGCCACUGUCUGGCAGACUGACAUCCCUGUCGUCUUCUUGCCAGAUAUAGUCCCAGUGACUUUUAACUCGCUGACUGUUUCUGCACACACCCCUCCUCACACGCUCUGCGUCUCAUUCGCUGGUAGCAGCGUCUCUCCCUCAGUGACGCUCUCUGUGAGUACUGCUACCAUCUGCUCACCAUCUCUCAGUUAUGCUGCCUGUAUACUGCAAGUCCUUUUUCAUUUGCUCUCAACCUGGUCUCCCAGCAUCCCGGCCCUUUAAGACUACAUUACCCACGCUCCUCCUGCCCAUCCCUGCAGCACCCAUGGUGCUUUGCUGCAUUUCAGUGCUAUCCUUUCACUUGCUUUGCGUGUUACCUUGGUGCUUGUGUUGUGUGUUCAUUUUUGCGUGACUCGGUGUGUUCAGUGAUUUGUUUUUUCGUGCUGGGGGAGCACUUUUUGGCUCAUGUAACCCUGCAGGUCUCCUCUACAUUAUGGUACCCAUUCAUUCCCAGCACGUAUGUCCAGCACCCCAGUCAGGACCCCCAUCUCCCCUGUACAUAACCUCCAUAUCGCCAGUUGGCCCCAGAACGGUGUAUAUUGUUAAACUGCAGUGGCAGAAAUAUCCCAUUGUUUAAAUGUCCCUUCUACCCUCUCAUGUCAAACAAAUAGUAUAAGUACAUAGUGAAAAAGAUAAAAUUCUAAAAGAUAUCUAAAAUAUGGUGAAGAGUAUAUGUGAAUAUAGAUAGAGUGCUUAUUGAAUGAAUGUAUGACGUAUCAGUAUAUGAAUAUAUAUGUAUAUUAUUCUCAUGAUUAUGGUUAUAGUUUUAAGAAGAGCUCUCUAUGUCUGUGUUUUCUUUAUGGAGCUGUGUCAGAGAGUGUGGAUGCAGUUUUCCCUCUGUCGGUCAGACGGUCGUUCUGUCUGUCUCUGGCGUAAGAGACGGGGACAGACGACCUCGUGUUUGACCGUUUUAACGCUUAUUUUAAAUGUUGUGUUAUCCUCUGAUCGCCAGGCCCGGUCGGAGCCGCGCUGCUCCAGCACUGUGGAGUCACACUGUAGAGAGCAGUUGGUUGUUGUUCAUGCCGCCCGUCCCGCCCGAUCACAGUUCCGCCCCAACGGGGGGUCGAGUGAGGCCCCACUGUGGCACUCAGCGCUACGGCAAAGCUCUGUGGAUGAGAACAUAUCAUUGCAUGGCACAGCGUCUCAGGAUGAGUGUCUGUACUGUAAUCUCAAUGUAUUCUGUGUGCGUGUGUGCGUGUGUGCGUGGGCGCGUGUGUGCGUGUGUGUGGGCGUGUGUGCGUGUGUGUGUGUGUGGGUUAGGACGAGGAUGGAAGGCCGAAUGGAUUAGGGUGCUCAAAGUGGUUGUUCUGUCUGCCCUGUUGCCGCUGUUUCCAUGGCGAUAUCCAAACAAUCACCAUCCCCAUUGUAACUGACCUUCACUGCGCCCUGCUGUUGUGUGAGCAGUUUUAACUGGGUCAGCACAUCGAGGUACCCCCCCC